GCAAAGUUGACUCAUAACAGCCUGUAACAGGACACCGGCCGAGCUCUGCUCUGCAGUCUGGGGAAGAAGAAGACCGUGGCCGCAAAUACUUCGCUAGCUAGCUAAAGCUCUGCAUAUGAACGCGUAGCUAACGAUUAACAACAUUAAAAUUAGCCCGAAAUUGAAGUCGCUGCGUAGUAAGAAAAGUUAAAUUCACCAUGUUUUCAAGGAUUGUUUUACUUCUUCUUCUCGUGACUGGAACAUUAACACAAGACUUAGGUUUUAACCUGGAAGAUGCUUUCGAAGAUUUAG